GGUAGUUCAAUUUGAAUCAUGUAGGAGCGGUCGUUGAGGAUCAAUUUGUAGAUGCCGUUCUGUCGUCGGCCCUUCCAGAGCUCUCUUUGCUUAGCCUCGCCUCGCUUAAAGCGGCAUUCACCCACCCACCGAGCUCACCAGGUUCUGUUUACGGAGUAUUUGGAGAAUACCAACAUUAGUCGUCAAAAUAAUGUUUACUCUACUGUAAGCUUCUAGAUGAUUGCAAACGAUCAUUUGAUGAUAAUCGGUUACCUAUGCUUUGGAACAAUUAGAGAGUAGCGAAUGACCGCUAUCACUGCCGCUUUGCAAGUGAGUUGGGCAAUGACGGUCCUAAAGCCGAGUACCUACUCGAGUAGUACCAGUCACAUCUCCAGAGUCAACUUUCCACUAUCACCACUGAUCAGGAACGUCUUUUACCAAUCAUUACUUGGCACUCUGUAUCGUAUUCGUGAAUUCAAUUCAGAAUUCCCAUAUCAAUCCUUCCGUAGAUGCACAGUACCUAGAUGCACAGUACCUACUGUAGAUGCACAAUACCUAGGCACCUAGGUAUCCGUAGGUGCACAGUAGCUUGGUCGGUGGAUUAUAUCCGGCAAUGGAGAUUAGUCAAAAUCCGCGGCUUAUGUCCCCCUCUUCUCCCCUCCAGCUCCCCCGCCGGAGCCUUCUGUACAGGGGUAUGGGUGGAAACCUCCUGCGCAAGGCUUCAACCGUCGUCACUUCCUCACCUCAUAGGUACGAAGGUAGUUUGACUCACUCGUACUGAGAUAUUCCCACUUCUUGCGCGUUCUUCCUGCAUACAACUCACAUGUUCGUCCUAUACUACGUCCAGAUGAUGUAGGUAGAGUACCUAUAUUCAGGGAAAAGUGAUUACAUACUACAACCAGAAUUGGAAACCUACCUAGGUACUACUCGGUACAAUUGGACAAGCCACAAUUCCAUCUACAGUCUUUCCCAUGUUUCCAACGGCCCAAACCGAAUCCUCAACCGGCGCAUAUUCACCACCCGAUACUCCAAGUUACGCAGUGACUGCAGAACAGAGAAUGGCCUCGCAUGCGGCUCCUCAUUCUCUCAGUGCGAGAUCAUGUGUGACGUGUCGUCGACGGUAAGAAGAAAUGUGGAUAUCACGCGAAGGGCAGAGCUGACCUGAGUGAAUUGGGAAGCAAAGUCAAAUGCGAUAAAAAAGAGCCAUGUUCCAAUUGCGCCAGGGCGGGCUCCGAAUGCGUUUUUCCUGCUCCGGGAAGAGCCCCACGGCGACCCAAGGCUGGUGGAAAGGCGACGACGGAGCGAGAGGAAGCAUUGUUGAAACGACUCAAAAGGCUGGAGGGCGUAGUAGAAGAACUCUCAGGCCAGGUCGAGAUAGAAGCAGGCAGACCCUCUCCCACCAGCGAUAGCUCCAUGCACGCAGAAGGCGAAUCUUCAACCGCACACCCAAUUGCAAGACCAUAUAAGCUGAGGGUGGUCGGAGUAGACGAGAGGACAGGCUCCAAAAAAGAAUGGCUCACCAAAGCUUACAAGAUUGGGGACGGACCUUCGAAAUCUGAUUAUGGAAGAGAUCCCGCCCAGGGGGGACUCGGUCGAAUGGUCUUUGAUGGUGGGAAAAGUCGAUAUCUCUCCCACCCCUUUUGGAGUCAGAUUACAGAUGAAGUUGAGGAAAUCAGAGACAUGCUAGACGAUCAAGACCUUGAUUCUGACUCGGAUUGCGCACCCGUACCGAAAGAUUUUAUCACAGAUGGCAAACAUCAAGGUUUCCUGAUGGGUUAUAGUAGUACGGAUGUCGACCUUCGAAGUCUGCAUCCUUUACCCUCUCAAAUCCCAUUCUAUUGGGGGACUUUUCUGGAAAACGUCCAUCCAUUAGUCAAGAUAUUACAUGCUCCAACAAUGACCAAAACAAUCAAAGAAGUCCAGAACAAUCUGAAAAAUCUAAGCAAAAGCACCGAGGCACUCAUAUUCUCAAUUUAUUUUGCUACAGUCACGUCCAUGAAUGCCGAACAAGUACAAUCCAAUUUUGGCGUCGCAAAAACAACUCUGCUUAAUCAAUAUCGAUUUGGAACUGAGCAAGCGCUGGCCAGAGCUGGUUUACUCAAUACCAACGAAAUCGUGACUGUUCAGGCUUUCAUCUUGUUUCUGGUCUGUGUGAGGCGACAUGAUGACACGAAAUUUGUGUGGACUAUGACUGGUCUUGCUAUCAGGAUUGCACAAUCUCUAGGUCUACAUCGAGAUGGCGAGAAGUUUGGCUUGCCCCCAUUUGAUACUGAGAUGAGGCGACGACUGUGGUGUAAGUUGCUGUGGCUUUUCUCUUCAUCAUUUUUUCACGCUUCUGAAAUCUAGGUAUUCACCGCCUUUUCUCCACCCUCCGAACAUGGUCAAGAGAAUUGGCUUAUGAUGGCUCUCCCCAAUUUUCUACCUUUCCAGACUAAUGAGUCAACUGAUCCUAGAAUUUGGAUUGAUUGCUCUUAUUCUCUCCAAGCCUUCGAUAAAACUCCGCAAUUGCUUUGAACUCUUGCAACAGUUCUAGGCAUUGUUCCGCAAAGGUUUAGCUAUGAGAGCUGGUUACUACAACAUUUUCCGCUUAUCACGUGCAUAUUGCAACAAUUCUCUUCCUUCACAAAACCUCUCUUUAAGGAGUCUUUACCUGACAACGACUAAUGAAUUCCCAGGGCAAGUCUGCCUUUUAGACGUCCGCGCCUCCGAGGACCACGGCUCUGACCCCACGAUACAAGACCACACCUUUGACACCGAAUUUCCCACUUCAUGCAACGACGAAGAUCUCUCUACAAACGAUACAGUGUUGCCUACUCCCCAACCAGGCGUCUCGGAAAUGACAUUCUGUCUGAUUCGUUACGAAAUCUGCAGCCUCUCGCGCCAAAUCUCAUAUGUUCCGCCUGGGCUGAAAAGUAAUACUCUGGGUCAUGAAGUACUUACCUUUGAGGAUAAGCAGGGUAUGAUUAAGAAGUGUGCAAUGCAUUUGGAGGAGAGGUAUUUGAAAUAUUGUGAGGAUGCGGGACCGCUUUAUUGGGUUGCAGCUACGGUUGCUAGGUUGAUUAUGGCGAAGGUUUGUUUCUGUCUUAAAUUCAAUACUGACUCCCUUGAACUUUCCACACCUAAAACAUCCACUGGGUUUCCUUACGCUUCUAUAUACCGUUAUCAUACAAAAACUAACAAACUCCCCAGAUAAAACUACUCCUCUACCACCCUUUUACCCAACCCGGCAAAGCCAGCACCCUCUCCCAAGACACCCGCGACAGCCUCUUCAUGUCCUCUAUCGAGAUCCUUGAGUUCUCACAAGUCCUACAAGCUGAAAGCACAACAAAGCAAUGGGGUUGGCUCUUCUCAACAUAUAUUCAGUGGCACGCAAUUGCGUACCUCCUGGGUGAACUGGCCAUCCGUGGUAAUUCCACCAUCGUGGAGCGUGCGUGGCGCGCACUGGAUUCUGUAUUUGGUAAUUGGGAUAUGGUUGUCAAGUCUAGUAAAGGGAGUGGGAUGUUAUGGAAGCCGAUUAGAAGUUUGAUGGGCAAGGCUCGACUACGGAGGGAGGGGUAUUCGGGUAGUGGGAUUGGGGGAGGAGAGUUAGAGCUUGGAAUGAGGGAGGAGAAUAUCAGGCCGGCGCCAAUGCAGUAUGGCAGCGCUUUGCCGACGUUUAUGGGGGCGGAUGGGAAUCUACUUCUCUCUCCAUCGGCCACUACUAAUCCAACACCCCUCUAUCAUCCUCCUAAUACCACCUCAACCGAUCCCAUCAAUACCACUCUCUGUCCGCAAAUCGUGGGUAUGGGUAUGCUCGCCCCGGAACACAUCCAGAAUACCCUUCAACGACACCAACAACUUAACCAACUGAAUAUGCAGACUGGCACUACGCCUUGGCUGAUGGAUGACAAUGCCCUUGUGGACCUGGAUAUGCAGGGGAUGGAGGGCGCGAAUUGGGAGGGUUGGGAUGAAUUGGUGAGGGACUUUCAGAUGGAUGGUGGUGAGGGGGCCGGUAUUGGAGGUGCGGGAGGUGGUGUGGGGGGUGUGGGGGGUGUUUGGUGGUAG